CUUUAGACACACAGGCCUCAGGAGGGCCGGGUAGGGCAGGCGGCAUGGCCCCCGGACAGAAGGAAAGAGAGGGGGGGCUGGGCAAGAGGAGCCUGCGCAAGGUGCGCACGGCCGCCCUGGUCAUCAACCUGGCCCGUGGCUGGCAGCAGUGGGCCACGGAGAACAGCACCAGGCAGGCCCAGGAGCCCGCGGGCUGGGUGCCAGGAGGGACCCAGGAUGCAGCCCCUGCUCCCCAGCCAGCUGUGCCCCCUGCUGCCCUGCAGGAAGCUCGGGGCACCACAAAGUCCCGGACCUCACAGCCUGGGGGGAACGAAAAUGGACACAGCCCAGAGGAGGCCACUGAGGCCUCUCGCAUCAGAAGGAAAGAGGUGAGCAAGAGCAUCCUGAGCAAGGCCUGUGAGAGAGGGGGCGACGUGCGCGUCCUCAGCCGCAAGUACAAGCAGGAGGGUGGCCCCGCACAGCCUGAGGACGCCCUGGACAGGCUCCUCCACAGCCGCGAGUCCCCGACCCGCAGGAGGAAGUGUGGCCACCUGGUGUCGGCGCUGAGCAGGGGCUGGAAGGAGCUGGGGCGGGAGGCGUCCACGUGGAAGAGCGACAGUGUGGACACGGAGGACAGCGGCUACGGCGAGGCGGAGGAACAGCCGGAGCAGGAGGUGGCCCAGGCAGCCGCCACCACGAUCAAGCGCCCCCUGGCCUCUCAGGCCAGCAGGUACUCGGAGCAGCUCAGCUGCAAGGCCCACCGGAAGCUCAGCCAGGUGGGCAGCCUGAGGGGCCGGUGGCAGCAGUGGGCAGCCGAGCACAUCCAGACCCAGAAGCUCAACCCCUUCAGUGAGGAGUUCGACUAUGAGCUGGCCAUGUCCAAGCGCCUGCACAGAGGGGACGAGGGCUACGGCCGGCCCAGGGCGGGCUCCAAGACUGCAGAGCGGGCCCAGCGCGCCGAGCAGCACAUCCACCGUGAGAUCAUGGAGCUGUGCCUGGUCAUCCGCACCAUGGCGCGCCACAGACCGCCCAGCAGUGUGCAGGUCACCUUUGGAGAGCUCUUCGACAGAUACGUGCGCAUUUCCGACAAGGUGGUGGGCAUCCUGCUGCGUGCCAGGAAGCACGGCCUGGUGCACUUUGAAGGAGAAAUGCUGUGGCAGGGCCGCGAUGACCAUGUGGUCAUCACCCUGCUGGAGUGAUCAGGAGUCGCUGCCCUGCUGUUGUGAGCCUUCACCAAGUCAGAUGCGGCCCACCCCACCCUACUGUUCAAUGCCAGCCCAUUACAAACUGAGGUGCAAGCUGCUCAGUGACAAGUUAGCACAUAUUAAACAGUUUUUACAUAAAUGAAUUUUGCACUGUGUCUGAAGAAGCUUGAAGACAGCACACAGUAGACAUUUCAGAAUGCACUCACAGAAUGUUAUUAAGUGUAACAAAAGUGUUAAUAUUUAAAACUCCCCUUGCCUUCUCAGAGAAAAAUACUUGGCUAUCCCCUGAAAAAAUUACUACAGAUUUUAAUUAAAUCUUGCAGUUAGGAGGAAUGUUGAUUGCUGAUAAAGAUUGCAAAAUAUGUCAGUGUCGUUUUUUAUGAAAAAAGAUUCCAAUCAAUCUGGUUAAACUACAAUUUUCCAAGAGGUUGGACCUGUAUUACUUUUUAAAUCGUUGCAUCUCUGACAAGCUGCAUCUUCAGUGAGGGGCGGAAGCUCCCAUGCUUCCUCCGGGGGCCUGGACUCCCAGCCUCCCGCUCCAGAACAGGCGCAGCUGUGGCCACAGGACCAGCAGCGGUCACUUUCCCCACGGGGACUGGGCUCCCAGCCUCCCUGGGACUUCCUGGACCAGGAUGUUUUCCUCGAAGUUUUAAGGAGUCAUGCUGCUUACACUACGUCAAAGCACAACAAAAGAAAGACAAAGGCAGUAGGAGAAUCUUAUUGAAUCAUUGAAUUAAAAACCAAUUUAAGACAUUUUGAUUUUCUCUUGCAUUUUAACACAGAAAAUUUUGUCUAAAAGUCAUGAAAAAGCAAUAUUAGUCCUACCAAGGUAAAAAAAAAAAAAAAAGGUACAGUCAACAUGACAGCAGGGAGCCAACUGUUUCAUGUAAACUGUUGCUUGUUAAUUUCUCCUUGACUAGAUUCAAUGGCCUUAUAUAAUCCUAAAAACAAAGUGGAUAAAAUGUGAGAUACAACUCUUACCAAAUUUGAUCAAAGUUACAACACAUCAUUAUACUAUUUUGGUGGUAAAUACAAGAAAUUAGGUCAAAUGAUUAUACCUCAAAAUAUGAAGUAUUCAUAAUUGUGUUAGGUUUAAAAUAAAACACACAGCAAACUACCUUAAGAA